GAGGUAAUAAAGCGAAAUAAAUGCCGUACGGAGUCAGGGCCGGAUGCUCGGACAUACGUAAUGCUCCACCGGCUGCAAAAUUGAAAUGUCGACGGAGGCAAAGGCCCCACUGUUCCGGUGCUCCAUCCGGCGGAUCUGCCGGGGUGACCGAGGACCAAUCGGCAGGGAGGUAUCUACAAGACCUCAGCAUCUUUGAGAUUACCUACCUUCAAUCCCUCAUCAAGGGACCUUCCUAUCUUGUGUUACAGACGAGCUCAUCACGUAAUGAACUGAACAGCUUCACUUCCCCCACGGGGUCUCUACGACAAGCUAUCCUCUUGAGUCUUGUAAUGCUACAGCUGCAAUUGGGCCUCGGAGCACGUUUUCCCCAUCGAACCACCAAAAAUGUACAUCAUAGCUCCCGCCACAACCUCCGAUCGGAGGUCGUUCGGCCUGGGGUACAACAUAAAAGGGUGAUAAUAUGGAGAACUACGGGCCGCUAAUAACGUCAGGUCUGCCCACGAACCUUCCAUUGACUUUUCCUUUUCACCUUCUACCUCCUUUCCCAAUUCACUCUCCCCUUCCAUCACCUCACAAUUGGAAGUCAGUUGCUACGUAGGACCGUAGCACUUCACAAUGGGCAUCAUGAAGUUCUCAAAAAAGCCCGUCGAGCCUUCACCGCUGACAUCUCACCCUCCCGAGUCCAGCGCCUCAGACACAGAACCACCAAAAGAUGAAGCUGAUUUCCAAUCUGUCCCUGCUGGCACCGAAGAAAAGGGCAAUAUCUUUGAUCAAGGAGGGAAGAAUUACAGAACCCUUGGACGAUGGGAUACCGUCCUGAUCCUCUUCACAAACCAGCUCGGUCUCGGAAUCUUAUCCCUGCCGUCAACGAUCAAAACCCUCGGAAUCGUCCCCGGCAUAAUCGCCAUCCUCGGCAUCGGCGCACUAUCAUGGUACGCAGCCUACGAACUCCUCCAAUUCUACCGCAAGCACCCCAAUGUCGUCAGCAUCGUCGAAAUGACCCGCAUUGUCGGCGGCCCAUGGUUCGAGUCCUUCGCCGGCUUCGUCAUGAUGAUCCAAGUUGUCUUCAUCGUCGCUUCAGCUACGGUCACGCUGUCCGUUGCGCUUAAUACGCUUAGUAGCCAUGCGACGUGUACUGUUAUCUGGAUUCUUGUGGCGUGUAUCGCGUGUUAUCUUUUGUCGAUACCACGAACGAUGAAGUUUGUUUCGAAGGCGGGAAUUCCUAAUGCUGUUAGUGUUGUGGCGGCUUGUUUGAUCGUUUUGAUCAGCUUGGCUGUCUCGGGACCUGCGACUGCGCCGGAGGGGUGGCAUAAGGAGAUCAAGGUUGUUGGAAACCCUACGUUUCGCGAUGGCCUUAAUGCGUGCUUGAGAGUCGUUUUCUCGUACGCUGGCACAUUCACAUUCCCCUCAUAUAUGGCCGAAAUGCGCGACCCAGCGAAGGACUUCCGUUUCGCCCUCGCUGUUCUCGAGAUCGUCAGCACCCUCUUCUACAUCGCCAUGGCCGUUGCCCUGUACUGUCUCGCCGGCGAUCUCACCACAUCCCCCGUCCUCUCCGCCGCAUCCUCCAUUCCCGCCAAAGUCGCCUACGGAAUCAUCCUCCCGGCCGUCGUAGCAACAGCCCUCUCAAUCGGCCACACAGGCUGCAAAUACGUCUACGUGACAGCGAUGCGCCAAAUGCGCGCAACCCACCAAGUCACCGACAACAGCGUCAAGUCUUGGGUCACAUGGAUCUUGUCUGUAACUGGAUUUUGGGUUCUGAUCUUUGUCAUAUCAAACGUCAUUCCUAUCUUUGACUCAAUUCUGUCGAUUACGGCUGCGACAACUAUUCCGUGGUUUACGUAUGGCUUUGCGGCGAUUUUCUGGCUGCAUCUAAACAAAGGUCUUUAUUUCUCAACCUGGCAGAAGGGACUGCUUACAGUUGGAAAUGUUGUCAUGAUUGGGCUGACGCUUUUCAUGAAUGCGGGAGGAUUAUGGGCGGCUAUCACUGAGCUGCUGGAUCUGUUUGCCAAUAACAAGGACGGCAUUGGAGGAGUUUUCUCAUGUGGAGAUAACUCUAUCUUCUAAAAGAAGUUUUAUAGAGCGUAAAUAUACAGUACUAUUAAUUGUUUGCCUUGAGCAUGAUAUAUAAUCUUGGUGCAUUUGCAUCUCGUCCAUUUGAAUAGCUAGAUUGCAGUCCUCACUCAAC